CGUGUGCCGUGCAUGUAAUCGUUGCGGUUCUUCGCGCGUUUUAUCCUGGUGCAGAUAUCGCGUGUUUAUCGUAUUUAACUUACGAGAGAUUUUCGUUUUUUCAUAUUUAUUUUUGUGUUUUUUUUUUAUUAUUAUUAUUAUUAUUAUUCAUAAAAGAAGCCUUCAACUAGCUUAUACGAUUCGCGGUGUUGUGUGGUAAUCAUUUUACUUAUUUAUUUUGUUGGUUGACAAAAUAAAACAAUUUGUCGUAAAUGGGAUACUACUCUGUGUAAUGAUCCUAAUCGAACUGAAUAUCCUGACAUUUAGAAAUCAAAGGCAAGUAAAUUUCUGAUUGUAGACAGAGAUUUGAUAAAUGCGUUGAUGAUAUUUGAAUAACAAAAUAUGAUGGACGGGAGAUGACGACAUCUCUGGAGCGCGCGGCUUACACGUCUCGCGUCUGUCAUCGCCACGUUAUCAGCGCCUCAGCCACGUGUCCUUUCCCCCACUCAGGCGCGGCAAGAAAACGAGCUGUAAGCUUAUAAUUAUUAUUACUAAUCGACUUAUUCAUAUCUCACGGCGGCGCAAACACACACAAACGCAGUCGAACGAGUGGGAAAGUCAAAUCUCUUCUCAGAUGUGGCACGACGAGUCUCAUCAAUCACACCGGCGAAUGGCGCACACCCGACUCAACCCGAUCCGAUAAAGGCAUUGGACGAAGAGGGAGGAAGCAAUAGUAGUAUGUUUGUACGUUAUACGAAGAUUAUUGGUGAACAGAAAUUAAAUAAAAUCAGUUCAUAAUAUUUGAAUCGAUGAGAUGUUCGGUGAACGUCGCCGGUCCGACCUCGUCGUCGACAGAACCGCCGCUCACGUCACGUCGCCCGUCGACGCUAUCGUCACCGACACCGUUACAUCGGGUCGCGGCGAGUGACGACCGAAUCGGGUAAGGCGGCGGCAGUGGCGGCAGCGGCGACCGCUGCUGCUGCAUCGCCAUGGACCGGACGCCGUCGUGCUGUUCGCAACCGGUGGCCGCGGCGGCGGCCGUGUACAACUACGGUGUGGCCGGCGCGACCAUCGGCGGUUACGCCUCGUCGUACGACGGCCGCCCGCUGUCCACGUCGUCGUCGUCGGCGAUCGGCGGCGUGACGACGGUGGUGGACGACGGCCAGGGGUGUUUCUGUUGCGACAGCGACGACGACAGCGUGGAACGGGCCCGCGUGGCCCACGCCAAGCGCAAGUGCUACAAGAGCUGUCUGCGGAACGCGUUCGUGUGCGCCCUGCUCGUGUCGUACACGUUCGCCGGCGCGCUGAUAUUCCUCAGCAUAGAGGGCGACGUGGACGCCGCGGACGCCGUGGACGUGGACGACGGGGCCGGCGGCAGUCCGGUCCGGGAGGCCGGCCUGUUGCCCGCCCAACCGCAGAACCUGACGGCCGCCUGGAUGGCCGCGGCGGCCGCGGGCGAAGAGAGCCGCGCCCGGACGGUGGAGACCAUAUGGGAGAUCACGGUCAACUUGAACAUACUGUACCGGGAGAACUGGACCCGGUUGGCCGCGCAGGAGCUGAACCGGUUCCAAGAGGACCUGAUACGCCGGCUCACGCAGCAGAUGGAAAUCCAAUCGGCCGCGGUCAGCUAUCACGCCGGUGUCGGUGGCGGCUUCAUCGUCGACCACGGCGGUGACUCCGGCGACAGCACAUUCGAAUGGAACAUAGCCACGUCGUUCCUGUACUGCUUGUCCAUACUCACCACGAUCGGAUACGGAAACAUCACACCGAAGACCGCUAUAGGUAAAAUGGUUACAAUGGUGUACGCGUUGAUUGGCAUCCCAUUGAUGUUAGUGUACUUAUCAAGCAUUGGUGGUCUGUUGGCAUGGUGUGCCCGAGGAAUAUUUACCAAAUCGCUGUGCUGUUGUCUGUGCUCCAAGUGCGGUUACUGCUGUUACGACGAGAAACUGAUGGAAGAAAAGGAACGGCGAAUGAAACUGAAACGCGAGCGGAAGGAGUACGACAUGCAAAUGAAAUCGCUGCCCAGCCACGCGCUCGAACCGUACUACGUGCGGCCGGGCGACGCGGACGACGUGUUCCUGAGGGUGUCGGACCGGUCGACGGCCGCGGCGUCGGCGGCCGCUUCGGUGUCCGAUUCGGCGUCGGCGGCGGCCGCGGAACUGGCCGCGGACAGCGCCAGUUUCGUGCCACUGCUGUUGGUCGGUUUCGCGUUCAUGUCCGCGUACAUCGGAUGCGGCGCGGCCGUGCUGUACCGGUUGGACGCCGGCGGCAAGUCGUACCUGGACUGCGUGUUCUUCUGCUUCAUGUUGCUCAGCACCAUCGGUUACGGCAACUCGCGGUCAAUGGACGUGACGCUGACCGGCACGGCCACCGUUUGGUUCUGUUCCGUGUACAUACUGUCCGGCAUGGCGCUGACGGCCAUGUGCUUCAACAUCGUCCACCACGGCGUGUCCACCAAACUCAAGACGCUCUACCGGCCGGCCACGGCGCAGACGAGUGACAGCUGCGGCGGCGGCGGCGUCGUCGUCGUAAACUCUGUCCAGCAACAGCAACGCGAAGACUGCGGCGCGACCGGCGGCAGUAUAAGCGAUUUGACGUUGUCGUCGCGUGGCGCCGCCUCCAGCAACGCCGCCGCCGCAAAGUCCUGACACGCGAAAAGCGGCGGCGGUGACGUGGACGACGACCACGACGACCGCCGCGGCCGCGAUUGCUGUGCCGCGUCGGCCGCGUGUGGCGCGCCCGCGGCCGUCAUGGCCAACUACAUAGGCCAAAACGGGUACCCGCAACCCGAGAUCGUGGCCAUCGCUACCGGAGGAAAACCCAACGUCGCGGCCGCCCCGGCCACGUUGGCCGUCGACUGUUUCGACAUCAAGUUCGGUAGCGUACUGCAGCGCGAGUCGCCGCCACCGCCGUCCAUGUCCGUAGUCGACCUGACCAACUUGGACACGAUCGCGGAAGCCGAUGAUUCCGUCGAGAUGUGAAAACGCGCGUUUCGCUAUCUGUUUUUUUUUUUUUUAUCAUUUUAAAGAAAAAAUAUAAACGUUCUCCGUUUCAA